AUGGGUUCUCCCAAGAUAGUUCCACAGCUACUGGCAUGCCAGAAAAAGUGCGGUAGUGUUUUUUGUACUGUGGACGUGACAGUUGCUGGGAGUGCAAGAGGUGAGAAAAAACGCAACGCUCCCGAAAUUCGGGAAGAUCUCUUGGAAUUUAUAAUGAAAAAUAAGACUGCUGAAUGUAGCAGUGGUGCGAAGAAGCGCAAGAGUAAGGUGAACACUGUCAAAGUGCAGCAGACGCCAAAGGAAACGUCCAAAAACGAGAGCAUCAAUGGCCAUGACAAUAAGUCAGAAAGACCUUUCAAAUGCGAAAUCUGCAGUCGAACCUUCAACAUGCGACAAGCCCUCUCCACUCACAUGAGACUCCAUCGCCUGGACGAGGAGGAUCUCAAGUCUGAGAAUGAACUUAAGGAUGUUGUGGACUUUGAGACACUCAUCGAUGAGACACGCUCGAGUGAUUCGGGUACAAUUGCACGAACCCCACGGGCAGGAAGUAAGCGAAAAGCGCCAUAAAGCAGUAUCGAGUUAAAAAGAAAAAUAUAUAAAUAAUCUUUUUGUUGGGGGGCAUAUAAGAACGGAAAAGACUGGACGAGAUCUUCGAAAUUAACGCAUCUUUCUUAACACUUAUUUUUCCUAUUGAAUUAUUUAUUAUAAAAGAGAAAUGUAUACUAAUUUAAAAAAGAUAACUUACCUCCUCUG